AUGCGCUUCGGUCGGCCCGUGGGACUGGCUCUUGCUCGCAAUGGGAUCGUGCGAUCGUAUCGCUGCCCAGCACAUCGGACGGUCUGCCGCCAUGCUUUGCACACUUGCUCGCCCUCGCGCCCUCGCGUCGCGCCCGCACCAGCACCAGUCGAUCCACGAAGGAGCGCAAAGACCCAGACGACCGUGACGGUGAAAGACCUUCCUCAGGGUGCUCUGAAAUUGGAGGCAUACAGUGAUGAGGUGGACAACGAUGCUCCUCGAUACCCGACCGUGGUUCAACAACACCGCAACAACAUGCAAAGGUUCAGGAACUGUGUUAUCCUGACAAGAGUCGGCGGCUUCUACGAGCUAUAUUUUGAGCAAGCCGAGGAGCUUGCGCCGUUGCUCAACAUCAAACUUGCGAUUAAGAAGACCAACGCCGGACCGGUUCCCAUGGCCGGCUUCCCCCAUUUCCAACUGGAUCGCUUUCUCAAGACCCUUGUCCAAGACCUCAACAAGUACGUGGCGAUCAGUGAGGAAUUCGCCAAUGAGGUAGAGGAUAAAGCGCGAUCAGGUGGCCUGCUCUUCGACCGGAAGGUCGCCAGAAUCAUCACGCCCGGGACAUUGAUUGACGAAAAAUUCAUGGAUCCCUCCGAAAACAACUUUCUUCUAGCCAUAUACUUGGAUGUACCAUCUUUGGACGCACAGCUGAAACAGCAAGAUCAUCCCCAACACUCGCAUCAGCACGUACUGUCCUCCAUGCCCCAGCGCGUAGGGCUGUCUUGGCUAGACCUCUCAACGGGUGACUUCUUUACCCAGCUCACUACGGCCCAGAUGCUCCCAUCUGCGAUUGCGAGGAUUGGUGCACGAGAGAUUCUCGUGGAUCAAAACGUGCGCGAUCUCGUCGGCCAGGAGCUGCAGCUGCUGGUUGGCCAUGAUCAUCGACUUGUCACUUUCUUCGGGUUUCCAGACACGGUUGCACCUAUGUCUGAAUGGAAGCCAAUGUUGGAAGCCCCGGUCCCGGAAGACGUCCAGGCGUCCUUUGCUGCAGAAGAAGUGGCCGCCGGAUACAGUCUACUGGAGUACAUUCGCGAGCGAUUGCAAAGUUCGAGCUUGAAACUUCAACCUCCUCGUCGCCGGCAUUUGGAUGAGUCAAUGAGUAUCGAUCGAAAUAGCUUGCGCGGGCUGGAGAUUCUGGAAACAGCGCGUGACGGCCUUGGGAAGGGCAGCCUUCUCCAUGCGGUACGCAGAACUUCGACAAAGAGCGGAGCACGUUUACUCCGAGACCGACUCACGUCUCCAUCUACAUCUCUGCAGAUUAUCAAUGAGCGACUAGAUCUUGUUUCGCUAUUCGUUCAAGACGAGGAUCUCCGGGAAAAUACAGUCCGGCUAUUGAAGCGUAGCUAUGACGCUCAGCGCUUGGUGCAGAAAUUCGCGCUCGGUAAAGGUGAAGCCGACGACCUGAUCUGUCUUUCACGCGCCAUCGAGGCUUCCAAGGAGGUCAGACAAGUCCUCUCUAGUCAUAGCCAGCGCCACUACUCCUCCGCUCAAGCGCUUGAUUCCCACCACAGCCUCGAACUCAUGAUCGGUCGACUUCAGCUCGAUGGACCGACCGCGCUGGCAGAACAGAUCCUUGCGGCCAUCGAUGAAGAAGGACUCCUGCAAAAGCAACGCAUCGAAGACGACACCGCCUCAGAGGCAGCUAGUCUGGCGCAAGAUGUUGCUAUGAGUGAGGGGACAUCUGACGAGCUUGAGAGCUUGCCUAAAAAAGUGAGGUCCAAAACCAGUACCCAAUCUGCAGCGACAGAUGCAGGUUCCGGAUCUAUUGAUAUGUGGAUCAUGAGGCGUGAUGCCAGCAAAAAUCUGAACUCCCUUCACACAUCAUUGGAGCGGCUCUUCACUGAGAAAGACGAGCUGACUCAACGUCUCCGUGAUGCCGUGAGCUCAUCGCAGCUGAAUCUCAAAUGGACAGCAGGUCUCGGGUAUAUCUGCCACCUCAAAAGCGCCAAAGUAUCGCAGAAAACCCUAGAAGGAUUGGGGGUUACUCGAAACGUCUCGUCAACAAAAUCGACUCGGUCAUUCUACCUCCCAGAUUGGACCACCCUGGGAACCCGGAUGGACCAUGUCAAGCUUCAGAUUCGGAAAGAAGAACAGAUUAUCUUCGAGACCUUGCGGAAGAAAGUUAUUAUGAAUUUGGUCAAAAUCCGGCGCAAUGCAGCCGUUAUGGAUGAACUGGAUGUGGCAUGUUCCUUUGCCACGCUGGCCCGGGAGCAGCAAAUGGUGCGGCCGAUUCUUAACGAAGGAACCAGCCAUAGGAUCGCUGGAGGCAGGCAUCCAACAGUCAAGCUCGGGCUUGAGGAGCAAGGGCGCUCCUUUGUGAGCAAUGACUGCUUCCUGGGCGACGCAGAAGGCAUCUGGCUCAUCACCGGACCAAACAUGGCCGGCAAAAGUACAUUCCUGCGGCAGAACGCACUGAUCACGAUUCUAGCUCAGGUCGGUUCAUUCGUCCCUGCAGCAUACGCGGAGAUCGGCAUCGUCGACCAAAUCUUCAGCCGCAUCGGCGCAGCAGACGAUCUCUUCCGCGACCAGUCGACGUUCAUGGUCGAGAUGCUCGAAACGGCAGCCAUCCUCAAGCAAGCCACGCCGCGGUCCUUUGUGAUCAUGGACGAAGUCGGCCGGGGCACAACACCCGAAGAUGGCACCGCGCUCAGCUUUGCUUGUCUGCACCAUUUGCACUACCAGAACCAGUGCCGAACGCUCUUUGCAACGCACUUCCAUGCCCUGGCGGAUAUGACUGGCUCGUUUGAGAGAUUGGGCAGGUACUGUACAGAUGUCAAGGAGAUGUCAUCCGGGUCAUUCUCGUUUGUUCAUCGACUGCGCAAGGGCGUCAAUCGCCAAUCCCAUGCUCUCAAGGUUGCACAGCUGGCCGGCUUGCCAGCGGAAACACUCAAGCUGGCUACUCGUGUCCGGCAGGAGAUGAACAUCGUGACACCGCCCGUGGAUCAAGACAUGUCCCAAGUUGUUUAG